AUGGACAAUAUCACCUUCUUCACAGAAUUCCUCCUCAUGGAUGUCUCCAACUCCAGAGAGCUCCAACUUUUGCAAAGUCUACUAUUCUUAGUCAUUUAUCUGGGAGCACUAAUUGGGAAUCUUAUGACUAUUAUUCUAAUUGUGACAGACAACCAUCUCCAUUCUCCAAUGUACUUUUUUGUAAGUAAUUUGUCCUUCAUAGACCUCUGUAGCAUCUCAGUUAUUGUUCCCAAAUCCAUAGUGAAUUCCAUGACAGGCAAUAAGACAAUCACCCUGACAGAAUGUGCUGCUCAGGUUUUCCUGUUUAUAUUCCUUGCAUGUACAGAGCUUGCCUUCCUUGUGGUCAUGGUCUAUGAUCGCUAUGUUGCCAUCUGCCGCCCUCUGCACUACGGACUCAUUGUCACCCCGAGGAUGUGUGCCCAGGCAGCAGGUGGCUCCUGGGCCUCUGGUCUGGUCUAUUCUACUGUCCACACCUAUGCCAUGUUCAGGCUUCCAUUUACAAAGACCAAUGUGAUCCAGCAAUUUUUCUGUGAGAUACCUCAAAUUUUGAGAAUAUCAACUUCAAGUGUUCUGUUUUCUGAAUCUAUAAUCACUACUGUUAGUGUUUGCCUCGUCUUAGGAUGUUUCGUCUUUAUGCUUACAUCAUACAUCAAUAUAUUUUCAACUGUGCUGAAGAUACAUUCCAUAGAAGCCCAGAACAAAGCUUUCUCCACCUGUUCCCCACAGCUGGCAAUUCUCCUUUUGUUUAUAAUUUCAGGGUCUGUGGCUUCCUUAGGUCCUAUUGCAAAUAAAGCAUCCAUUCAAAAUCUGCUGACAGCCAUGUUCUACACCAUGGUGCCCCCAUUCACAAACCCUAUCAUCUACAGUCUCCGUAACAGGGAGAUUAACUCGGCUCUAAGCAGAAUGCUCACUAAGUAUUCUCAGUUUCCAGUCAAUGAUUUUCUUUACUAA